GGCUGUUCCACUGGAUGUCAGAAGGUGAAUUCACCAAUUUGUAAGUCGCUCUGGAUAAGAGCGUCUGCUAAAUGACUUAAAUGUAAAUGUAAAUGUCUGUGAAAUUCAGUUUGCACAUACUGCACAUUGACUAAGCAUGAUAUGUCCCUAUGCAGAUCACAUUUUUCACUUAAUCUCAAGUAGCCUGAGUCACUGCUAGGCUGCCUGUCCUGAUAUUGACAUGGGCAUGAAUAUGAAGCAUAUCUAACAGGCAAUAUCCGUUUCAGAAAAAAAGCUUUCUUGCAUGACUUGUAUAGGAAAUUUAAUUUUCAAUGAGCAGCUGAAAUCACUGUCAGUCAGGUUGGCCUAUAUAGUUGUUCUGCCUUGCCAUUCAUAGCCUUGCAAAUUACAUAUGAAAAAUGAAAGCUAUUUGAAAACUAGUCUAUAGUUACAAUGGUGAAAAUUGACAUUCUGCAACCAUUCUGGUCCUGCCCAUUUGAACGUAAGCCUAUGCUUUUUUAAUCUUGGAGUUUUUUUUAUUAUUUUUAUUUUUUUAUUUCACCUUUAUUUAACCAGGUAGGCUAGUUGAGAACAAGUUCUCAUUUACAACUGCGACCUGGCCAAGAUAAAGCAUAGCAGUGUGAACAGACAACACAUUGUACACGGAAAUCUUAUGGGAGACGUACUAAUGACCUGCUGGGAAACACAUAGGGAAGAAAAUAUACCCAAUAUCAUCACAGAUAUGUGCACAGCCUAUUCUAUUACUGAACAUCCAAAUGUAGAAAAUUACUCCCACGGUGACACCCAGUGGAGAACUUAGGCAAAGACAGGAAAGUUCCUGAAGACACUGGAGCUACAAGAGAAAGAAUAUAAAAGCUGUGAAACUCCCACUGCUUUGACAGAAUCCAACACUGAACACACGGUACAAUCUCAGAGCAAGGGGACUCAACAUUAAAAUUGACUGAAGAUGCUGUGCUCCCGAGUAUUCCAGUCUUCCCUCAGCCCAUUGAUGGACUUCUACUGGCCUGUGUGCAGUCUUUGGCCAGAGGUCCAACUUCUUCUCUGCCAGCGGUAUUUACUGCUGAGAAACAUGCUGGAGAUCAAGAGCAGUCUGGAGCUAAUGGAGAAACAUCAGCAGAACAUCUUUGGAGAGAUGGACCAUGUCCCAGCCUCUGUGGUCAUCCAACCAGUCUCCUACACGCUGGAGAAAGAGAGAGAGGGUUUUGCCCUGGAUACUAAAGACUUCUCCCCAGAGGAGCUGUCUGUCAAGCAGGUGGGCAGGAAGCUGAGAGUCAGUGGGAAGACAGAGAAGAGGCAGGAUGAUGGGGAAGGCUCUUACUCUUCCAGAUGCCAGGAGUUCAGACAGGAAUUUGAUCUGCCUGAUGGGGUGAAUCCUGAGACUGUCACCUGCUCCCUGGAUCAUGAUGGGAAGCUCCACAUCGAGGCUCGAAAGAAUCCAUCAUCUGCUGAGGAGGUGGCUGAGAGAGUGGUGCCCAUCAACUGUAGCCUGGAUGUGAAGAUGCCACAAUUCCUCAGCUCACAGACAGAGGGCAGCAACAUAGAGGGCAGAACCUCAGACACAUAGGAGAAACAACAGAACACUAUUUCACAUAAAGACUGAUCAUAUUAUUAUGCUAUUUUUUAUUUGACUGGAUGUUACAUUUUCUAAUCUAUAUUUUUAUGGUUAUGAAACUGUAUGCAUUUACAUUUCAUAUCUUGUAACAAUCAAUCUGAGAUGCUAUUUAAUUGAAUCAAUCAAAUCUAUACAUAAUAUUGCAGUCAUUAUCAACUCUUCAAUUAAUAUCAACAUAAUGAGAAUCGAUAGAGGGGCUAAAGGCUGGCCUAAAGACUGACACUGUCUUCUUUAUGGAUUUUCUUGUUUUUCUACUGAAUUAUCUAAAUGUCAUGAUAUGUUUUGAUAAAAUGUGUAGUUUUGUUACCCAAUACAAUGUUCAGUAUACUUCUCA